AUGAGUCAGGUUUUAGGCUUUUGUUUGACUUUUGGAUGUCUACACCAACUCACUGAAGUCAAUUGUUACGCCAUCCCGGAUGUUGUUGGCUCCCGGAUUGGCAGUGUGCCCAGCACCACGCACAGCGAACUUGCAGCUCUGGUUGCAACCCUUCAAGUUUCCGUCGUUGUUAUCGGUGCCCGACACGCCCAGCACCUCCACGGCCGUGGCGACCUCCUCGGCGGACUGCGGAAAGAAAAUGCAUGCUGGGGAAAUUUGUGUGCUAUCCAAGGGCCAAUAAGCCGACAGAGUAUCGUCAUAAAGAGUCGAGAGGUUCCUGGACAGGCGGUUGCCAAGGCCAACAGCCUCGAGGAUGUCACACUGAAAGAAGGGCCUGGAAGCAAAGACUCAAAACGGGCAUUAAGGUCUAUGAGGGAUCAGAGAACCCGUUCAUGCAAGAUUCGUUACACAUAUAAAUCCCGUACAAUUAAGAACGUCGACUUGGUCCAUAAUCGCCAAGACCUCAAUAUCUGA